AUGGCACCCUCUAAUAAAGAUAUCUCAUCACUAAUCGUCGAUUAUUUGGCUGAUGUGGUAGACAAGAAGUCCGUUUCUGAAGAUUCUAUCGAUUCGUUAAAUGUUGCCAUUGAAUGUAUUACCGAAGCCUUUGGCAUCGAAAAGGGUUCUUCUUCCGCAGCAUUUGGUGGUAAGAACUUAGCAGAAUUAUUAAGUGCAGGUGCUGGUGCACCUUCUUCUCAAGGUGAAAACGUUAAAGUUAAUAUUCCAGCUGAAGAUGCUGAAUUAAAGAGCAAGGCUGAAAGUUUGAAAUUGGAAGGUAAUAAGGCUAUGGCAGGCAAGGAUUAUGAAUUAGCUAUCAAGAAAUACUCUGAAGCUAUUUCUGUUGUACCAACGAAUGCCGUUUACUAUGCCAACAGAGCCGCUGCACACUCUUCUUUGAAGAAUUACGAUGAAGCUAUUAAGGAUGCUGAGUCUGCUGUCAAGGUUGAUUCUUCUUAUUCAAAAGGUUACUCUAGAUUAGGCUAUGCUAAAUUUGCUCAAGGUAAAAGCGAAGAAGCACUAGAGGCUUACAAGAAAGUUUUAGAUAUCGAGGGUGAUUCCGCCACUGAUGUUAUGAAGAGGGAUUAUGAAACCGCCAAGAGGAAAGUGGAACAAGCUCUUGAAUUGAAUAAAACUGAUGAGACGGAAACAAGUGAUAGAGGUACUGGUGAACCAGCUGGUGCAAACCCAGGUGGUGGAUUCGAUUUAUCGUCUAUGCUUGGUGGUGGUCUUGGUGGCCUUUUGAACAACCCACAAGUCAUGCAAGCCGCUCAACAAAUGAUGCAAAACCCACAAGCUAUGAGCCAAAUGGAAACAAUGAUGCAAAAUCCUAACGUCAGACAAAUGGCGGAAAAAUUUGCUGGUGGCAACGGUACCCCCAAUUUGAAUGAUAUCAUGAACAAUCCUGCUCUAAGGGAUAUGGCAGGUGGUCUCUUCGGUGGUGCAGGUGGAGGUGCUAACCCAGGUGGCGCUCCAAGACCAUGA